UUGAGCCGCAGCAGCUUCCGCUCUCUCCCUCGCUCUCUCUCUGGCGUCACACAUGUAGCACAACAUGGCCCCUGCCAGCCGGUCUGUUGUUGUGGUCACGCUCUCGCUGCUGUCCCUCUGUCGGACCGUCUUCUCCUCCGAGUAUUUCUCCACUCUGACUUUGUUCAACAAUGAGCUCCACAAGCAGGGAUGCAGCUCGCUGUCCGAGUGGGAAGAAUACGCGGCCGACUGCGAGUCCUCCAUUUUACAGUUGGAAGACCCAGACUGUGAGGAAGGAAGCAACCCCCCCUGCGAAUCCGUCUUCUCACUUAAUGCAGAGAAGAUCCUGAACCAGGCCAAGUUGUUUAUAGAACAGAAAAAAAUCCCCUUUCCUGUAGAUAACCACAACACAAACGAAGAACUUGCUAUAGGCUACGUUCUGAUAGGCAACGGCCUUUAUGAUGAAGCCAUCAAGCACUUCUCACUCUUAUUGCAGGGAGACCCAGAGCUGGUUAGUGCCAUCUAUGGCCGAGGGAUAGCUUACGGGAAGAAAAGUCUACAGGAUAUAAAGAAUGCUGACUUGGCGUUGUUCGAGCUCAACAGAGUCAUCACCCUGGAGCCUAACUGGCCGGAGGUCUACGAGCAGAGAGCAGAGAUCCUGUCUCCUCUGGGUCGUAUCAGUGAGGCUCUGAAUGAUCUGACCAAAGCCAUCCAGCUGCAGCCCUCAGCCCGUCUCUACAGACACAGAGGAACGCUGCUCUUCAUUUCUGAGGACUAUGUGGCAGCUAUGGAAGACUUCCAGCAGUCUUUGGAGCUGAAGAAAAAUCAGCCCAUCGCCAUGUUGUAUAAAGGCCUCACCUUCUUCCACAGAGGAAUGCUCAAAGAAGCCAUAGAGACAUUCAAAGAGGCACUGAAGUUGAAGUCUGACUUCAUAGAUGCCUAUAAGAGCCUUGGACAGGCCUACAGAGAGCUGGGCGAUUUUGAGUCGGCGAUGGAGAGCUUCCAGAAAGCCCUCAUGUUGAACCAGAACCACAUCCAGUCACUCCAGUUGCGCGGCAUGAUGCUGUACCACCACGGCUCGCUGCAGGAGGCCAUAGGCAACUUUAAGAGGUGUCUCCAGUUGGAACCCUACAACGAGGUGUGUCAGUACAUGAAGGGGUUGAGUCACGUGGCGAUGGGACAGUUCUACGAGGGCAUCAAAGCGCAGACUAAAGUCAUGUUGAACGACCCUCUGCUGGGGCAGAAGGCCAGCUCUGAAUACCUCAAAGUCAAAUAUCUCAGAGAGUACUCUCGCUACCUCCACUCGCACCUUGAUAUCCCUGUAGUGGAGUACAACGUGGACCUGGACUUACCAGGUAACUUCAAGAACCACUGGUCCAAGAACCUGCCGUUUCUAAUAGAAGAUUAUGAAGAACAGCCGGGCCUGCAGCCUCAUAUCAAGGACGUGCUGCCACAGAACUUUGACAGCUACAGCAGCGAAGUUCAAAAGCUGAUUUGCUCGGCCGACCACCUGGGGGCGCUAAUGCAGUACGACACGCCAGGUUUCUUACCCAACAGGAGAAUACACAGAGCCAUGGGCUUAGCCACCCUGGAGGUGAUGCAGGCCAUGCAUCGAACAUGGAGCAACUCCAAAGUGCGAGUCAACGGCAAGACCAGACAAAUGCAGUGGAGGGACAUGUUCGAUAUAGCGGUCAAAUGGAGGAGGAUCGCGGAUCCAGACCAGCCGGUUCUGUGGUUAGACCAGAUGCCCGCCAGGAGUCUCAGUCGAGGCUUCAACAAUCACAUCAAUCUCAUCAGGGGACAGAUUAUCAACAUCAGGUAUCUGGCGUACUUCGACAACAUCCUCGACUUCAUCAAAGACAGAAUACUGGUGUACCAUGGGGCGUACAACCCAAGAGGACUCUUAGAGGUCCGUCAGGCUCUUGAAAAUGUGAAUAAAGUAGAAGAUCUGCUUCCUAUAAUGAAGCAGUUCAAUAGUAAAACCAGAGAUGGCUUCACGGUCAACUCCAAGGUGCCCAGCAUGAAGGAUCUUGGCAAAGAGUAUGACGGUUUUACCAUCACGAUCACUGGGGACAGGGUGGGCAACAUGUUAUUCUCAGUAGAGACUCAGACGACAGAAGAGCGGACGCAGCAGUACCAGUCGGAGAUAGAGGCCAUCUACAAAGACCUCACCGCCAAAGGAAAGGCUUUAAUGCUGUCCACUGAACUAGGGGAUGCAGAUGCCGUGUGUAACCUGAUCCUAUCAUUGGUUUAUUACUUCUGCAACCUCAUGCCCCUCUCCAGAGGAUCCAGUGUGGUUGCCUACUCGGUGGUGAUGGGUGCGCUGAUGGCCAGUGGGAAAGAGGUCAUCGGAAGGAUCCCGAAAGGAAAGCUGGUGGAUUUUGAGGCCAUGACCACACCCAGUCCAGACAGCUUCAGUAAAACAUCAAAGAACUGGAUGAAUCUCAAGAGUUUACCAAGUUGGUACCAGAGUCUUCCGUCCGUAGCGGAGACCUUCCCGUCCACCAGAACGAUGAUCGAGGUCCUCAACACAGAGUCGUCUUCGCACUGUCCAAAGAAGUCUUAACACACCUUCUACAGGGGGGAGAAAUGGUUUUAAUUAUUUUACACUGGGCAGAACAAAGGCGCCAUCGUCUGCUGCACCCCAAACCAAACUGGAUUGACUUCUACUAAAGCUUCGUGGCUCUAGUGGUAGUUGUUUGAUUUUGGUUAAAUUUAAAAUUUAAAGUAAGAAUUCAUACCCCGCGUCUGCUGGACUAGUUUUAAAUGCAGUGCAGGCCAACGAUGUCACAAAUUCAACCCUGAAUAUCAAUUCAAUUCAAUUCAAUUCAUUUUAUUUUGUAUAGCCCAAAAUCGCAAAUUACAAAUUUGCCUCAGAGGGCUUUACAGUCUGUACACGAGGCAGAUUUGUUUUGUUUUUUUCGAUUUGAAUUUUGUUUGGUUCAAGUAUAGAAAAUACCAACUUCUUUUUGCGCUUCUGCACCCAGAAGAUGAAUAAAAGGGUUAGCGUUUGGGAAGCAGAAGGGAUUCGGUAAACCCUCUUUUUAGGCGUCACCAAACCGAGAACACACAGAAGCACAUAGUCCUCCAUCUCAUGAGCCCCCAGCACCAACAAUCUUCUGCUGCAUAGUUGUUAAUGUUGAAAACUUUCAGGGCUGUUUAAUUCCACUCUGGGUACUUAGAAGCCAUCUUUUUAUUCGGUUUUCAUGACACUUGCAGGAAGUGUCACUUACUGUUAUCGGGUAAGUUGUGGGAUAAAGGGUCUGUGGGAAGAUGGGUUGACUGCUGAACUACCAAGAAAGCACCCGUCAGAGUCACUGUCUAUGAGGUAGAAGUUCUCCGAUUUUUCAGUUAAUUGAUGAUUUUAAUCAACCGAAAACGGUCAGAUAAAUUAGAUUUUUUUGUGACUGACCAAGCACAAAUUAAAUGACUUGUUCUUUUUUUGUCCUUAUUUUUAUCUCUUGUAUCUCAAAUAUACUUUGAACGGAAUAAAAUUGGACCAGGCGCCUCAAAAUUAUAUAAAGUAUUUAUUUAUGUAGAGUUGAUGACUUGUACUUUUAUGAAAAGAGAAAUGUGUGAUAUUGUAUUCUGAAAAAUUAAAGACUUGAUUGAAAUUGAAUCCGCCCACACAGAAUAUCUCAAGCGAAAAGGGGAUAAUCCUUCAAGGUGGAUUAUUUGACUAUUAUAAAUUGGAUAAGAUUUCUAUAACCUAUUUCAUAAGAUGAAAACAAUACUUGAGUGAUGUUGAGUAUACAUUAGCCUCUGAUGUUUAAUGACUCGUUAAUGUUGUUUUAAGCACAAGGAGGUCAUUCACCUGAAAUGACCGUUUUUUUAAACCAAAAUUUAAACCAUUUUUAUUUUUCUCUAAUUCUGAUGAAUAAUGGGCGUUGGAUGGUUAUCUCAAUUCUGCAGUAGUUCUUAAUUAAAUUUUUCCAUUUAUUUCCAUCGCUGACAGUCUGCUUUCUGUCACUUGGCUUUCCGAUUGGCUGUCAUUUCCUUUUCUUUAUUCGCAUUGGGGGACCCAGUCAUCAAGUGCUUUGGAAUCUUAUAGCUUAAAACUUGAAGGAGGGAAGGAUUUUUUUAAUUUUUAUUGGAUGUAUGUUCAGCAGUCAAUAAAUUUGGUUGACAAUUUUAACCGGAUCUGUUUUUUUUUUUGAACAGUUUAAAUAAAAAUGGAAAUUGCUCAUUCUCAGAUGUAAACACACAUAUAGUUUUAUGAGGAUAACACUAAAGAAAAGAAGAGUGAUGUAUUCAAUUUCUGCCAAUAGAUUGGCCCAAGUUGUACACAAUGUUGCUUUGACUAUCGAUAAACAAAUUUAACACUGUUG